AUGCUGGAAGAGGGCUGCAGUCUAAAGAUGAUAACCACAAUUAUUCCAGUUUUGUCUCCAAGACAGUAA